AUGUCUGGCAAUAAAUCCAAUUACGUUCCGAAAUAUCUUUGGGACUUCACAGAGUGGUCACAAUGCGAUGCAAAAUGUGGAGGAGGAACUAUGAUCUCAGAGGCAUCUUGUAUCGAGCAGCAGAACGGAAUGGUUUCAGCGAGCUUUUGUGAAAAAUUACCUAAGCCAGAACCAAAGACAAGAUAUACAUUUUUCCAUCCAACAAAGAAUCCUGGUAUUACGUACACCUGGUAUAAGAUGUCUGGCAAUAAAUCCAAUUACGUUCCGAAAUAUCUUUGGGACUUCACAGAGUGGUCACAAUGCGAUGCAAAAUGUGGAGGAGGAACUAUGAUCUCAGAGGCAUCUUGUAUCGAGCAGCAGAACGGAAUGGUUUCAGCGAGCUUUUGUGAAAAAUUACCUAAGCCAGAACCAAAGACAAGAGUAUGUAAUGAGGAUCCAUGUCCCGCAAAAUGGAGAGUAAGUCAGUGGAGUCGGUGUAACGCAUGUGAUGGUAAAAAGGGUACGAAACAUCGGAAAGUCCAGUGCGUAAAACCUGCGGCACGUCCUGGUGGUGAGGAUGUCCAAACGGAUUUCAAAGGAUGCAAGGGACGUGUUCCGAAGCAGAAGAAAGACUGUGUUGGUGACAGACCUUGUAAAACAAUGUGCCCAAAGAGGGAGCGAAAGUCGCAUACACUUGACGCCGAUAACAAGGCAAAUGAUGAUAAAUUCGUUGAUAUGGGGCUUUUGAAGUACCUUGAGAGAGGUGGGAAUUUAGGAACCGACGAUUCGGAAAGAUUUGUGGACGAUGAGAACGUCGAGGGUGACCUCAAGAAUUUUCUGCAUGAAUUAGUUCAAGACGACAAACAGAAACGGAUAUGUGAUGAGAAUGAGAAUCUCGUCAGACCAAUAGAUGAGAAUAUCGAAUCCAGGAAAUUCGGUACACCAAAGCCUGGUUCAAUUAUACAGGACCAUAAUCCUCCAGAAACAGCUGUACUUUAUGAAGUGCCGGUGAAAAAGCAAUCUCUGAAAUCUAAUUUAUCAGACGCUGCUUUCCGUGAGAUUGGCGACUCAGUGCCUCUCGAGCUUGAGACAAAUCGUCAGAAGGUGUACAAAGGUGAACAGGCGGUUAAACUCAUAUACGAAAUGGCUAACGGCAAUGUGACGGGGAAUUUCGAGAAUUCUAGGAAUAGUAAUGAAAAUGGUGAUAGUAAUUACACAGAUGCUGAGUAA